GGGUCCCCCGCGGUGGGGCUGCCGGACGGGCCGGGGGGUGCCGGCUGCUCGGUGCCGCCGGGUUGACUUGGCGUCCCGCGGCGGGGUUGACCUGGCCUCCCAGGCGGCAGUGGGUGCUGGAUCUCCCGACCCUCUGCUGGGUUUUCUUUCUCCCCUGGGGCUCGGGUUUGAGCAUUCCGGCCUUGUGUAGGAGGGCGGUGUGUGGAAAUGCUGGUUUUAUUUCUCGUCCAUUUAAUACUUGCUCCAUCUGGGAAGGGGGUUGCCCAAUCUGGUAUCUGGAGUUGCUUGUCUGCCUGAAGUUAACUGUUGUUCCCAAGUAGCUUGCAGCUGGUGCUUGCAGGUGUAGCAGGUAAAACAGUAGAAAUCCACUAGAUCUACCUACUAGGAACUACCUAGAAACUUGCUGGUUCCUUCAUGUGUUGACCCAUGUUGCAGAGAUUGAGCAGAAGACAUGGCAAAGCCACCUAUAUGUUCCCACUGCGCCUUAGUGAAGGUUUUGCAGGGUCACAUGAUUCUUUCAGCUACUGGGUAGAUGAGAAAUCUCCUGUGGGACCAGACCAAGCCACAGCCAUCAAACGCUUGGCCAAAAUUUCUUUGGUUAAAAAGAUUAUGAAGAAAUGGUCAGUGACUCAGAAUCUGACUUUCAAAGAGCAGCUGGAAGGUGGGAUCCGCUACUUCGAUCUUCGCGUAUCUUCCAAACCUGGGGAAAUAGGCCAUGAGAUCUACUUCAUACAUGGUUUGUUUGGCAUCAAAGUGGGGGAUGGACUGAUGGAGAUUAACACCUUUCUUGACCAGCACCCCAAGGAAGUCAUCUUCUUGGAUUUCAACCACUUCUAUGCCAUGGAUGAUGGCCAUCACUUCUUCUUGAUCAACAGGAUCCGCUCAGCAUUUGGAUCCAAACUUUGUUCCGUUGAGUGUGUAGAAUAUGUGACGUUACAGUACAUGUGGGAGAAGAAGCAUCAGGUUCUUAUUUUCUACCACUACCCUUUGUGUCGGGAAUUUCCCUUUCUAUGGCCAGGGAAUAAAAUGCCAGCACCAUGGGCUAAUACAACCAAUGUGCACAAACUCCUACAGUUCCUGGAGACCACUCUUGAAGAACGAAGUCGUUAUGGGACUUUCCACGUUUCUCAAGCAAUUCUUACUCCUCGAGUGAAAACUAUUGCACGACAUCUAAUCCGUGGUCUGAAGAACACACUUGUUCAUAGGAACCUGCCCAUGAUUUUGAAUUGGGUGAAAGCACAGAAGCCAGGUGUUAUGGGUGUGAACAUAAUUACAUCAGACUUUGUGGAGCUGGUUGACUUUGCUGCUACAGUUAUUGCAUUAAAUGACCUUCUUCUAGAAGAGGAUGAAUCUACAUCUAAAUCCUGAUGUGUCCCACUUGUACUCCUCAGUGAACAUCUUUGAGCUAUGCUAAACAUUUUAAGUGAAACCUACUGUAAUCUUGAUUUCAAACAAAGUUUUGUAGAGGAGUUGUGGUUAAAAAUCAUACACAGAAGGUUUGCUUCUCUCGGGGGGUGUGUGGAUCUGAGUGGAACACAGAGUACUGUCUGAGUGCUGCUGCAUGGCUUUUUGUGGCUACAUGUUUGACUAAGGUAUGCACACAUCUGCUGCAGUACAGAGUGUUGUUUCCCUGCCAACAAGAGGCUGGCCUCUGAAGCAGAUGUACCCAAUUAUUGUAUGUGUCUCCCUGGUGACUAGACUCACCGUGUCUUCCUGUAUGCAUCCUGCUUAUUUCUCAACUCAAGGACUCAAACUGAGGAUCCUUGCCGAUCCUUUUGUAGCAGUUUUACCAGGGCAGCCAAGACCUUUUCGUUCUUUGGCCACCUCAGGCAUAGCUGGUCUCAGCUGGAUGCUGCUGUUGUAUUCAUUACACUGUUUUAGACACUACCUCUGAUUGACUUGGAGGAAAAAAGACAUGAUAUUGUUGUUCAGGGGGAAGUUGUUUUACACUGUGAAUAUCCUCACUGUCCUUUGGGCCUGAGAUACAAAGGCUUGGCAUAUACUUUCUCUUUGGGCUCCAAACUCUCCUUCUGGACAUCUUUAUUUUAUUUUUAAACAUGGUUGCGUUGAAGUAUUAAUGUGUAUCUCUUCUGGUAUUAAUUUGGAAAUCUGGAUGAUAUUCAGACCUCAGAUUGUGAGGAUCAUAACUCAGUCUGAAUUCAUGUUGUGAGACAUACCUUAAGCUUUUCUUUCAUUUGCUGGUCACUUAUUUCAUCCAUCAAGAUCUGUGGGGAAAGCUUCUCACCCAGAUGCUCCUUAUGUGGACAGAUGUGGCCAUGUGGGAGUUUGCUUGGUACUCAAAAAAUCAGAACUGAUAGGGGACUGCUCAAAACCUAAAUAAUGAAUCUGAUUUUGGCCACAUACAGUGAAUUCCUAAAUCGGACCCAAAUGUUAUGUUUGCAGUCAGAACCCACACAGCUACAGGGGAGGAAUUUCCCCAGCCUUUGACCACUUGAAAGAAAGUAAGCAGUACUCACGUGGGCGAGCAGGCAUCAGCUAACUCUUUGUGUAGUCAUACUCAGUUUUGUGUUGAUUCACAACAAAACAUAACCACAUGCUUGAGCCAAUGCAGUCAUAUGUUGGUACUUCUGAGCACUUAAUUGACCAGCUGAUAGCAGCCCUACAGUCUGCUUAUAUUGGAUUUAAAAGAAAAAGUGAUCAGCUAACAGAUACUUCUUGAUCAUCUUCAUAAAGCAACUGUUGGUGUGAUAAUUGUUCAGUGGUUAUUAACUUGUAUUAAUCUUUGAGCUAUUUGUAAGAGAAUGGAUCAUCAUUAGGGAUGGUUUAUUCAAAAGAGAAACAAUUCUCUGGAUUUAUUACUUGUUAUCCUAUCCUGUGUCUGCCAUCGUGGUAUGACAGCACAAAAAUCCAAAACCAUUUUGCUUGUUUGUCACAACUCUGAGCUCAGGACAAGUUUACCUAAAGGUUUGCAAACCUUUAGAUAAACCUUGGCCAAGUUCUGAGCAGACUGAGCUGAUUUAUCUGUUUGGUGCAGGGUUUUCAUGAGUUCUUCACAUUUCUUUUAAACAGCAUACUUUUUUUUUUCUGGGGAGGGUGGAAAGGGGUCUGUCUGUCAGUCUUUCUCCUUUCCUCCUGUGUUUCAGCAAGAGGGGACAAGUCAUGCAAAGCAGUUUUUGGGAAGUCAAGAUCUACUUUCUAAUGUAGAACUUGGAAACACUAGCAGAGGAUUUGGAUUGUACCAUGUUGAUUAAGCUGUUGGAACUUGGUUUGACCAGUGCUGUUUUGUUUGCAAAAUUAACACACCUGUUUUUUCCAUAGCUGGAUCUUGUUCAUGUACUUCUUGCAUGGCCAAAACUGGAACUCCAUAAUAGUAUUAAAUGUACAGGUAGGGUUUCAGUGGUCUUUUAGCUACAGAUUGUCCUAGAGCUCAGACCUCAGAGCAACUUGCAUUGAAUGCCUCUGAGGCAGAAAUAAUGUAUUUUCAAAGUUUCCUGCAGGACAAGAUGAGAAGAUGAAAUAUGUAUGAUGUUUGCAUCUGACCCUGAAUAUAUUUUGUACUGUAUAUAUCUACCUCAAAAGAGAUCUAUUCAGGCUUAACAAAUAUUUAUAUUGUGUGUGCAGAAUGACUGUGUUGUCAGUCCUUCUGUUCUAUUUGUUUGAGUAGAGAUGUGGUGAUUGUAACUCAGGGCUUUGGUUAGGUAUUUUUGAGUAUGAACUCAAGUUUCUUGAACUCAAAUUUCCUUUAGAUAUUUGCUGCUCGCUCUUGCCUCUUGAAAUAGGACAAAGGAGUGCUAGGUGCUGAGAGUAUUAGCAGAAGGACAAGAAAUGGAACUUAGCUUUAGGAUUAAUGGAGUAGGAGGAAGAACAGGUCUGUGAGUUUGGCCCAUCCAAAGAGAUUCCUGUGUUGGUGGAGAGCAGUGCUUGGUGUUCUGCCUCUCUGAGGAACCUGACAGUCUCAGCAGCAAAGAGGGCAAUUGGCAGGUAUGGUUGCUUGCUACAGGAUAUCUCCUGCAGAUACUCUGGGUGAUGUUAAUGCAGAUGUUUAGAUUUGAUUUUAGGGUAGUUUAAAACUGUCUGAAGUAACAUGAACUGCCUUUCUCCUGUUACACAGCAUGGCCCACAACAAAGCUGCUCGUAUAAUGGGCUUGUAUUUCUCUGGCACGGCCCCACGACACAUCCAGAUUCCCUCCCACUUUGUGAAACUGAGCUCAUCUUGGAUCUGGGCUUGGAGCUAUGACCUCUUAUUAGUUGUAUAAUGCUGGAAAAUAAGAAGGUGAGCUGGGCAGGAAGUGAGGAUCAGGGAAGGGCAGUGGGUUUGCAUCCAGUACCCACGUUCAAGGUGUGGGACAGCGGUGUGGAGCGGGGAUGGCAGUGGGCACGGCUCAUUCUGAGUGACUUGGCUGGGAGUGUGGCCUCUGAGUGAGCUGCAGCUGGCUCACACGGAACAGCUAGCAGCCCACAUGGUCGUGUGCCUGCAAGUUCGAGGAAAAUGAAGACAGGCACUAAUGCAGGAGAAGGCUAAGGGUUCCGUGUGGCUGAUGCAGACCUUUGUCUGUUGCAUAUCAUCUUAGUCUUGCUUGUGUCUUCCUAAAGUAGUAGAAGUCACUUGUAAAUAGUUUUGGUGAAAAACCCUCCCAGGAGAAUUGUUCUGAGGUCUUUCUGUAGAUAAUGGGAGAGGAAAAGCGGGUAAACUAAUAGCUACUUGAAGCAAAAUACUUGAAAUGUGUGUUCUUGAAUAAUUAUUUGUAUUCAUAUGGUUUGUUAUUACAGAUUCAGUUUACUUAUAUGCUGUUUGACUGUCACUUCUCUUCCUAAUGUGCAGUUGCUGAAUGCUGAGCUCACUGGUGCUGUUGCUGUUUUCCUGGCGUGCCUGAGGCACAGCAGACCUCAGUACAUAUCCUGAUGGGGAGCAGCAGGGAGGAGAGUGUUAGGAAGUGUAUGUGACCUGAUGUCUUACAGUGUGUUUGUAGGUGAAAACGAAGAGGAGUUGUAAAUAGGUUUUGCGGACUAUCUCUUAGCUCUUUUUUUGGGAAGCUACAGUCCUAUUAUAUUUAACAGUUGUGGAGCUGGGAAUUGUAACCUCUCUUUUGGUGAACAAAACACAAAUUCCUGCUGUCCCAAGUUUCACAAGAGCUGAAGGGCUACCAGCUUGCAGGUGCUUUGCUGUGGUGGUGAGAAUCCCACUGGACACAGUGCUAGCAAGGCACCUUUCGAGGUGCUGUGGUCAGUGACAUAUGUCAGACUGGGAGUGUUUGGAACAGAAAUGCUGAUUAUGAAAGGGCAAAGAAAAUGGUAUCUUUGCUUUGUUUUCUGCUGUGCUAAUACUGAAAUAAUUUGAUGGAGUUGAGGAGGUACCUGUGUUGUAAAGAUGAUGAAGCUUUUAGAGCAGGGAUUUUGGUUCAGAAUAGGGCAUUGUCCAAGAUGCUUAUCUAUUCUGAUCUCUUGAGUGUUUAGAAAUAUUUUCGUUGUGUACCUGUCUCAGGUGUCAGAGUUCAUUCUUGUAUAAUAAUAGGUCUGCCUUUGGAGCUUUACAGGACAUGGCUGUUUUGGUUUAAAAUAGAUUACGCACGCAAGUCAGUUGACAGAGCGUGUGACUUGAGGAUUACUUGAAUAUUUAAUAUUUAUUACAGAGUUCAUAUGCACUUUCAGUAAGACUUUUAGCAUAUCCCCAAUAAGCUCUUCUAUCAGAACUACUUAGAACAAAACUUCAGGCAAAUUUUUCAGUGGUUGCUUUGAGCACAGAGGAAUUGUCUAAUGUGGAGACCAGAACUAACCCAAAACUUGAUUCAAAAUUCAACCCAUGUCAAGGUGUAGUCCUUUUAGCAGUGAAAAAGAAGAUUUUUGCUUUCCUGGGUGUCUGAAAGAAAUUAAGCUCUACCACUUCUUCAGGUUAUGUCCAGUAGCCAGAGCAUAUACUGAAGAAACAGUGGAGAUCUGCAGGGUGCUGAUGCUUGUAAGAGUCCCAGUUCAGUUUGCUUUGUGGUAGAAGUCCACAGUAUUUGAACAGGCCUGUGUUUACUAGUUAAUUGACAAAGAGCUGCUUUUAAAAAGAAAGUUAUGAUUAGACCCAGAGAAAUGUGCACUCAAGCAUUUUGUCAAAGCACACAAAUCUUGCUCAAUUGAAAUGUUUGCAAACUCAGGUCGGUGUUGCUUGAAUAAAGACUUGAAAAGCUCUACUGAAGUAGUGGAAUGCUGCUCCUGCCAUCACUGGGAGGCUUAUGUGCUGUGCAGGGCUUGCACCUUUCCCAAGGCAAAGGAAGAGGUGGUGGUCAGAGACCUUGCCUACGACCCCUGUGCAGCAGAGCACGCUGAUGAGCUUUGUUUUGGCUCAGGCUCGUAGAAGAGCCUGAGCACGUGCUGAAGAGUAAAUUUUAUGCUAACAGCAUGUAUGUUGGGCUAAUGGCGGUAAGAGCAUAGUGAUCUACUUGUCAUGAGUAAAUGUGUGAUAAUCCUAUUAGUCCUUUGGUUUAGAUUGUUUUUAAAUGUAAGGAACCGAUUUAACGCAGUCAGUCCCACUGAAUAUGUCAGUCUCAUUGAAGAAUUGUGUGCAUGUGUAUGCAUAUUUAUUUCUCUUCAAGGCUUUAAUCCCGUAAAGAAGCUUUAAGUCUUUUUUGUAGGGCCUGGAAUAGGAAUGUUAACUUAAUUGCUGAAUCUAAUAUUUUGUGUUUCUGAACACUUGUGUAUUUUGUGUUGUUCAUUGAUACAGUGCUGCUCAUAUCCUUUGUAAACCUGUGAUAAUUUCCUGCCUGUGUCUCUUAAAUUGAACUGCAAUGUAUUCUUAAAAAAAAAAGUAAACUCUAUAUCAAAAUAAUUUUGAUGGUUCUUUAAUUUUGCUCAAUGUCAAAUGUAUCUUGCAAAUGGUUUUUUAGUUGUGUGUAUACCUUUGAAGGGGGGCGGAGGGAGCCAGGUGAAGAAGAGUUACUUGUUAAUUUAUAUUUCAUGUAGUCUCUUCUUUCUUUUGGCCAUCCAUGCUUUGCCCAUCUGUACAAUUCAGUGUUGUGAUACCAGGAUGCCUCAUUUGAACUGCAGACAAAUGUGGAUUUGACAUCUGUUUCCUUCUACUUUACUCUGCAUCUGUAUCAUUGGGGUUUUUAAUCCUGAAAAUGAAAAAAACUAAUGUGAGAAAAAUCAUUCUGUUGUGUUCUG